AUGAGCGGUGAUCAACAAAUAGAGUUGGUCCAAAUCGUUAGACCCACUGGUGAGGAGCGACAAAGGGUUUUGGAGAUAAUCGAGGUGUCUUUCAAAGAUACUCAAAUGAACCGAUUCAUCUUCGGCUCUGACCUUGCCACUCAAAGAUUGUUCCACCUUCGUAAACUUGGUGCGGCAUUCGAUCCUGAUCCGGAGGUGCACGCAGGCAGACAAGUGGAAGGAUGCGAAAUUUUGGUGAGCAAAGUGCAGGGUACGGUAGAGAGUGUAAUGGUGUUCAUUAAACCAGGUCAAUCCAGGGAGGACUCGGAAGAUCAAUUAGGAUACGAGAAGAAAGCUCUGGAAAGAUUACUUGAAGAGAAAAGAGAUUGGAUAAAGAACGAGCGUAAAAUACUUUCCAAACGAGCUGAACAAUCUGUCCAAUUCGAUAUCAAACAAGCCUUCAAUUUGGAAAUCAUAGCCACUCACGCUUCGUCUCGUCAACAUGGUUUAGGCACUAUGUUGGUUAACAAAUUGAUUUCUUUCCUUACCGAGGACAAUCCCUGUAUUUGGCUGACUAGUACUCAUGAUAUAGCUGUCAAAUUCUACGAGAAGUUAGGGUUCCAAGUGGUUUUUGAAGAUAUCAUUCAUUUUGAUAAAGAGCAGGGAAAGUUCAGAGGUAUCAUGUAUGACCUCUUGAAGAGAGAGAUAGGUAAGAAGAUGAUUGAGCUCGAUUAG